AUGAUGACCUUCCGACCUCGAAUGAGCCUCUUCUCUGCCCUUCGCACGGCCCCAGCUCGACGCCGCUUUGCGACUGAGGCGCGGUUAACCACGGACCAUGUCCGCAUCGUCGAAGUAGGGCCACGAGAUGGUCUACAGAACGAGAAGAAGUCGAUACCACUCGCGACAAAGCUCCAGCUUAUUGAGAAGCUGGCUAAAACGGGUGUAACCACAAUUGAGGCCGGUUCUUUUGUCCCAGCGAAAUGGGUGCCCCAGAUGGCCAGCACUGCAGAGAUCUGCGAGCACCUCCUCCAGACUCCCCCACAGUCACAGAACGCCAUUGCCUACAACUACCUCGUCCCAAAUGUGCGGGGUCUAGAGAACUUGAUCAAAGUUAUGGAUGCCACAGGUGUCCCGGCAGACACGACAGGCUCUGCUACGAAACCUCCGACAACAACCGAGGUAUCCGUGUUUGUAGCAGCAACAGAGGCAUUCUCCAAGGCCAACAUAAACUGCACGAUCGAGGAAUCACUAGAACGCACCCGUCCGAUCGUCUCGUUGGCAAAGACAAAGAACAUCCGAGUAAGAGGCUAUGUUUCUGUUACACUGGGCUGUCCGUACGAGGGUCCCGAUGUAUCCCCAGCCAAGGUAGCUGAUAUCACGGCAACGCUACUUGAAAUGGGAACCGACGAAGUGUCGGUGGCUGAUACUACGGGCAUGGGCACGGCGCCCCGCACCAUGAAGCUACUCCAGGCUCUGAAGGCGGCCGGAAUUGCGAAUAACGAUCUGGCGCUGCACUUCCAUGAUACGUACGGACAGGCUCUUGUCAACACAAUCGUAGGAUUGGAGCAUGGUAUUCGCAUCUUUGAUAGUAGUGUGGGUGGUCUUGGUGGUUGUCCUUACUCGAAGGGUGCAACGGGAAAUGUCUCGACGGAGGACCUUGUACACACUAUUCAUGGUCUGGGCAUGCACACCGGUAUCAAUCUGGAGGAAAUGGCCAGGAUUGGCUCCUGGAUUAGUGGGGAACUGGGCCGGGCUAAUGAGAGUCGUGCAGGCAAGGCCAUACUGGCGCGGAUGGAAGAGUGA